AUUGAAUUGUCCCUUAGUUUGGCAGAUAAUAGUGGUCUUUGUCUGUUGGACUCAUGCAAAAACAAGUAUAUUAUUCCAAAAAGGAAGUUUGUUUUUCCACUUGUUACAUCUCUUUCUGCUUUGGUGAUAUUCCUCUUGGUUUCUUGCGGAAUAUGGAUCUACAAAACAAAGAAAUUAAAAGAGCGAAAAGGAUUGAACCAGAAGAAGCUAUUACAUGAAAUUGGUGAUAUUGCAAUACCCUUAACUGUAAGUGGCAAAGGAAAAUUCAGUGAAACAGAUAAAACGGGGCAGGAGAUACAUAUAUUCAGUUUCGAAAGCAUCGUUUUAGCGACUGAUAACUUCUCAUCAACAAAUAAGUUGGGUGAAGGUGGCUUUGGACUUGUGUAUAAGGCAUGGAAGUUAUGGAAUGAAGAAAGAGCCUUACAGCUAGUAGAUCCCUUGCUAAGUGGAACAUCAAGUGCCGUUGAAAUUUUGAGAUGCAUUCAUAUUGGUCUCCUUUGUGUGCAAGAUCAUGCCAAAGACAGACCAGACACGUUAGAUGUGGUUUCUUUUCUGUCUAAUGAAACCAUUCCCCUAGCUGAACCGAAACAACCAGCAUUUUUUAUGAAUGCAAUAGAAUGCAAGGCGACAUCACCUAAUGAUAUAGUUGAAAAUUGUUCUAUUUAUAAUGUUACAGUUUCUGAUAUGAAUGCAAUUCCAAAUGCUGAGAAGUUUUCCAGAAGGAAAAAGGAUUGCUACAGCCUGAAACCAAAACAGGGCAAAAGGAACAAUUACCUUAGAGAAGAGCUGCCUUUGUAUAUAUAUGGAAAUUAUGAUGGCAAAAAUCAAACUCCAACUUUUGACUUGUACCUCGGGGUCAAUCAUUGGGCACUUGUUUAUCCGUAUCGAUAUCAUAUAGCGGAGAUUAUCGAUACUUCCACAACAGACACCAUACAUCAUGUCCACGGCGUUCUCCAUCCUUCCUCUUCAGUCUUCAAGUUUGCCGGCGUAGGUGUUCAGAUCACCGGAGUUUGCUGCUGCAAGAAAUCUGUUCAGGUCAAUCUACUCGCUCCUUGUUCAGGCUUCACCGUCGAUUCCUUCUUCUCCCUCUUUCGGCGUCAUCUAGGUGAUGGUGAGUGGAGCUCGUCCUUCUUCCCCUCCGUUGGUUCGCCGCCGUUACGGGUACUGUUAUGGGUUUGA